UGCAUGGUAAAACGGCAACAUGGCCCUGGUCAUCGUCAGCUCCGAGUGUUGUACUACAUUCAAAGUCCAUUCAAUCACACACACACACACAUACUCUCCGUAUCGCUGCUCGGGGUGGCAGAAUCAAAGGAUGCUAGAUGCUACGUGGAAGCAAAGCCGGAGUAGCAGAACCUAAAACCGAGCCCCCGAGUCCCUUUCCCUGGGUCUGCUGCUGCGGACAUCUUUGCCCAGCGGUAACAACUGUCCAAUGCAGAGGCUACUCAGCUCACAUUUGCUUUGUUUUCACCAUCCCGUUUGUCCAGGCUCAGGCAGGGAGCACUCUCAUACAUAUGUACAUACGUACGUGUGCGUGUCCAUGUGGGAGCGGAUGUUGGAUAGGUGGAUGGGAGUGGUCCGAAGCGAGCGUUGCUUGUUUCCGGUACGGCACGCAGUGCAACACAACACAACACAACACGAGAAAAGAAAGCAAACUGGCGCCUGCAGUAAAUUGAACUUUUGCAUUUCAAGUGAAAUCGCUCCAACAAAGCUUCAAUGGUCCCACCAGGCAUCAUCCCCAAAACAACAGCUAGAGCCAGGGCCAUUUCCAUCUCCCUGAGCGCUGGACCCUGCCAAACCAAAUCAAAACGUUGAAACAAAGGCAUUCCUGUAAUACCCAUGUAAUACGCACGAAAAAAAUAGGAGUUGGAACUACCCAAAUACCAAGGGAAUGAACUUGUUGGAAUCUUUUUCAAAUUGAAGCUUCAUUUGUUGGCCAUAGCUGGAGUCGAAUAACUCUGAAAAGAGUUCUCUGCUCUCUUCGUUUAUUUUAUAUCUGUCUCAACACCCAUGAAGAAACGAAACAGUGCCAGUCCGGUCCCUCGUCCGGAUUGCACCCCAGCGAGGAGCGCCAGCCCCAAGAUGUUUCGUCGGCAACCAAAAAGGACCACAUUUGCAGGCUAUCGGGAGAGUCGCAGCUCCAGCACAGAAGCCCACUAUUCAGCAGAUGCCAGCAACAGCGACUCCACAAUUUGUACAUCUCUUGCGAAUCGGAAUAGCAUGAGCUACGAGCCUAACGAUGCAGCCAAUCGUCGGAGGACCCCGCUCUCGUCGGAGCAGACUGCUGCCAAAACUUGCGAAAAAAUACACAGACUCGAGACGAUCGCCGUGGCCCAAGAGAUUCGCAUUAGCGCCUUGGAGAGGAAUUACAAUGAUAUUGUGAAUGGGGUGAUUCCACGGAAUAUCAGCAAAUUGGCAAGUGGCACCUCGGCUGCUGCAGCGGAAUCUGUUGACAAUGCCAUCAAUGAUUCGCCGUCUACUUCGCAUGCUGCAAAGCAAAAUAUCUAGUAAAACAAAACGGAAUGAAUGAUGGAGAAACCUUUACAGAAGCACCCAAUAAAAAGUCAGCACUCCAAGCGCAUUUACUCAUAUAUAAGACAGCAGCGAGCAGCAGGAGCUGGAAGAGAGGCAAAAGCAAAAGCCAGAUUAAGUCUAUUGCCACGCAACAAGCGCUAAAACCCUCCGAAAGAGCACCCUCCGCAUUCAAAAAGCACUCACAGCACACAAAAGUAGAGCCUAAUGGAGCCAUAAGACCUGCAGCGAAUAACAACAUAAUUCCCAGAAAUGCAAAAUGCACAAAUAUCGCGCGCUGAAAAGUGAGGAUGCAUUUGAAGUGGUUGGCUAAUGUUCCCUUUAUUUAGCGCACUACAAUCUUCGUUUUAAGAAGGAUUUCCCCCGCAAUAAGCACGAAUUCUACAGAAUUUAUAUUUUCCAUAUCACGCCACUGGAACUAAGCGCAACAUCAAUAAGAACAUUUAUUCCGGGAACUCUUUCCGAUAUCGGAACCAACUUUACGCUGCUAUUCUAUUGGCAUAAGGCAGACUCUAAACAGACGAUGGAUCGUCGGGGGAAAACGCGUGCCCAGAAACCCCCAAGGCCAGCCAUAUGAACCUGUGAAUCACGUAGGGGCUGCAUGCGGCUUAGUGGCGAUAAGGCUACGCAAUAAGCGAUUCCCUCGAUAUGCAAUCAAUCAUAAGGCCUAGAAGCUCUCAACGUAUAUGAAAUUAAUAGAGAUGUAGAUAAAAAUUUCAGCUAUAAAAGGAGCCCAACGCGAUCAUUGGCCAUUAACCAUUCA